GCGGACAUCGAUGACAGCGACGAAUAGUGGUUAUGCUAGAAACUAAAUGUGUCUUCAAAAAGCGGCCAUACUCCCACCACUGAAAUUAGAGGUAGUUUCCAGACCUGUAUGUAAGAUCGUGGUUAUGACUGUCGUGAUUCGUGAUGCUGAACGCUCAUUACAUCGAUAAACUUAUAUGAACUUUGAACAUAUAAUAUCAGAAAAAUAUACUUCGUCAUUAUACAUAUUUUAAUAUUUUGAGUGCAAAAAUUUCGAAAAUACGGAUAAGCUGAAGUUUUAAUAAUGGCACCAGGAGAAAAUAACGUUAUUAACAACAACCAGCUGAGAAACUCUUCCAAUAUCUCGUCCGGCAUGCCAGGGUAUUACUCUGCCUAUCAAACCGCUGGAGCUCAUGCUCCUGGAGUUCCACCUCCAUUACCGCCCCGCCAAAACCAACCCGUUCAAAAUUAUUUAGGAUACAGUGAUUACAGGCCAUAUGGCUCAAGCUAUUAUGGAAACUUUGGAUACGGAGGCAAUUAUAGGGGUUAUGGUGGAUAUGGCUCCUUUGGGAAUUAUAUGCCAUAUUCCAGUUAUAAUGGUUAUAAUAGUUAUGGAGGACACAGUGGUGAUGUGGAAAACAGAUUUCAGCAGUAUGCUGAAGAAAGUACAAGAUCAACAUUCCAUGUAGUUGAGACUGUAUUGCACACAUUUUCAUCCGUUACAAUGCUGUUGGAGUCAACCUACUUUGCCUUAACAAGUUCAUUCAGAGCAAUUUUAAGUGUAGCAGAUAAUAUCGGCCGAUUACGUUCGACAAUUGGACAGUUACUGAGUACAUUCGCUCUAAUUCGAACUAUGAAAUGGAUUUACAAAAAACUUUUAUUCAUGCUUGGUCUUGGAACGCAAAAUGCUAUUGCCGAAAACUUAUGGCAACAAUCAGUGUCGGAAGCAACAAACGUAGCCCAAAUACCAACGGCAAAUGGGCAAGCUUCUCCAUGGUUAAAUGUUCUACUUUUUGGCGUAUUUAUAGUUAUUCCAUAUUUAAUCCACAAAAUAUCGAAAAAUCUAAGACAGACCCAAUUAAAAGUUAGCGAUCCCAAGGAGUGGGUGAAAUGUGCAGAUCCUGUAUGCGUAGCAACUGUUAUGUACGAUUUCACGGCGGCUUCCAACGAAGAAUUGAGUAUCAGAGCUGGCCAGAAGAUAUGGUUGGCACCGCAGUCUCUGCAAUCUAAGAGCACGCCAGGCUGGUGGAUAGCCACCGACAAUAAAAACGUCGGUUUGAUACCUGCCAACUACGUAAACGUAGUGGGGCAAUUGAAAAGGAAACUGGAAUCAGAAAAUAACAGAAACGCUGCUGCAUCUGAGCUAAUUUCGAACUCCGUGCAAAAUGAAACUUCAAGCGAACAGGCAACUUUUACAGAUAUACCGCAACCUAGCACCAGUUCAGAAAGCACUGAUUUCUCUGCAAAUAAUAGUAACGACUUACUUUAAUUCAUGAAAAGAAGUAGAGAGGGGAUUUAGUUUAAUCUGAAUCUACUGGUUUAGGUUUAGGUUUAAGUUUAGAAAGUCGAAGUGAUAUUAUACGAUAUUAUAUGUUAACUUUACACGUAUUAAAUAUAUAUAUGCUGUACUUUUACAAGACAUGACUGAUACCAUUAAAUAAAAUAUACAACACCAUAUA